AUGGCUCAGGAAGAGAUGAAGGUCGACGAGGGCUAUUCAGGAGGCUCCGAGGAGACGAGGAGUCUGUCCGACAGCGAUUCUACCAUGCACAUUGAUCCCGUCGACGGUCAUGUUUCAAAGUCAUCCACACCCUCGCCCGAGUCGAUGCUUUCGGGCGUACUGAGCCUGCCUCCGGCCCAGAGAUCUGCCUUCAUAACCUCUCUGCUGCGAUUAUUACCAGACUCGGAGCGAUAUGACACCGCAUAUGCAGCUCUUCGCUCGCUGCGCACUUCGUCCAUCGCAUCCAUAGUAGAGCGCCUCAACCCACUCCUUCAUCUUGACCCAGUAGUCUUCCUGCCACCCGAAAUUACCUCCCAGAUCUUCCUUCACCUCUCACCCUCUGACCUCCUGCGAUGCUCAACCGCUUCCCGACUGUGGCGCGAACGUGUUUUGGACAGCACUCUAUGGAGGACCUUUUUUGUCCGUGAAGGAUGGAUGCCAGACCUUGCAGAAGUGAGAAGUGGUGAAGCUGCAGAAGCCAGACGCCGCUUGAGUCUCUCGCGCAACACUACCCAGAAGCCUCCUAGAAGGAAGCCCGACGGCGAACUCGAGCGAAGUGGUAGUAUCAAAAGAGCAAAGGAAUCGGUUGAUGGAUGGAAUGAACAACACAGCACCUUGGAGGCUGACGACGACGCUGUCCUGCAGGAAUCAGAAGAUGGCGCUGCUUCUCUGUCUGCCAUGAGCCUUGCUUCAGAAGCUGACUACCUUGACAUCGCUCCUGGGGCCGACCCUUCUUCGGGUUCGCUUCCCCAACUAUCUUCGUCGCUCUACGGUACAUACAAUGCUUCGCCGCGAGUCAACUGGCUAUACUUGUACAAACAGCGACGUCGUUUGGAGGAUAAUUGGAACAAAGGACGCUACACGACGUUUCAGCUGCCACAUCCAGAUCAUCCUGAAGAAGCUCAUGAUGAGUGUGUCUACACGAUACAGCACUCGCGCGACUGGCUAGUCAGUGGUAGUCGUGACAAAACCAUUGCAAUCUGGGAUCUGGAGACUCAAAGGCGCGUCAGGACACUUUCUGGAGCUCAUAUUGCUUCUGUACUAUGCUUGCAAUUCGACGAGCGCCCAGAGCAAGAUAUAGUGGUCUCAGGCGGAAGCGACUCUUUCGUAGUCAUCUGGCAGUUCUCGACUGGUCGCAUGAUUCGCAAAAUGGACGAUGCACAUACGGAAUCCGUACUAAAUCUGCGUUUCGAUGACGACCUGCUAAUAACGUGCUCAAAAGACAAGACUAUCAAAAUCUGGAACCGUAGAGAAGUCUUUGCGGACAGCGAUAUCAUUCCGGCAGUCGCGAAACGGCAGCUUGAGAUUGGCCAUCCUAUGAACCCCAUCAAGGAGUAUUCGCUUUUACUUACUCUUCUAGGCCAUGGCGCAGCAGUGAACGCAAUCCAAAUGCACCAAGGUCAGAUCGUUUCUGCAUCAGGGGAUCGAACCAUCAAAGCAUGGGACAUCAAUACUGGCACAUGCACGAGGACUUUUACAGGCCAUACGAAGGGCAUUGCCUGUGUGCAAUAUGAUGGCCGCCGCAUCGUAAGCGGCAGCAGCGAUAACACUGUCCGCAUCUUUGAUGCAGCUACGUCUGCAGAAGUCGCCUGUCUUCCUGGCCACAGCAAUUUGGUUCGUACUGUACAAGCCCGCUUCGGUGACAUGAGUGUGUCGUCUGAGCAGCUCGAGGCCGACGCACGUGCUGUCGAUGAAAGAUUUCAUGAUGCUCGCAUGAAUGGCUUGAAUCCUGACCAGAACAGAGUUCGCGGUCAGCGCAAUGCUGGUUCGAGCAAUCCUAACGAAGUAUGUGCGGUUGGUGCGAAGAUUCCUCCAGGAGGUGGUGGCAAUGCCUGGAGCCGCAUUGUGUCAGGCUCAUAUGACGAGACUGUCAUUAUUUGGAAGAAGGAUUCUGAUGGUAAGUGGGUCCCAAGCAGGAGGCUACGGCAAGACGAGAUUCUUCAAACAGCCCCUCAGCAGGUAACGCCACAACCACCCCAAAACAGUCCAGACGCACAGGAUACAGCUGCGCAAUCAGCAAUGUUUGCUGCCUCAGCCUCAGUCACGGCCCCUGCAGUUUGGCCAGCAUCCGCCUCUGCUCCCCAGAUGCAGCAACAGGUGCAACAACAAACACAGAACCACGCCGGUCCGGCUGGUCCACCCGCUAAUCAUCAUCACCAUCACGGUCACCACAACCGUCAUCGUGUUAGAGAAGACAGCAAUCGUGUCUUCAAGCUCCAGUUUGACAGCCGGCGCAUAGUGUGUUGUUCGCAGAACAGAGUCAUUGUAGGAUGGGACUUUGCUGCUGGUGAUGCCGACCUUGAACAGGCCAGCCGCUUCUUUGGCGAGACCGACUAG